CGUACCGUUUGGCCGCCCGCACGGUCGCCUAGAGUAUAGAUACGCUGCCGCCGCCGCCGCCGACGCCGGUGUCUCGUGUCGUGUGCCGCGCUUACACGCCGUCCCAUCGUCGUAUGUUGUAUUAUUAUUAUAAUACGCCGCGAUAUAGUAACGAUAUAGUAUAUAUGGUAACAUUGUAAAAAACACGACGGUUGUAGUACGUUACGGGUUUUUUUUUUAUUUGUCUUGUUCAAUAAACAAUUUCAAACGUUUUUUUCGCCAUUCUAGUUAAAUAGAAAGAAAAAAAAACGUUUAAAAAAAAUUUAAAUACGGACUAUCGUGAUAACACGUUACGCGAUAUCGCGUCGUUGGAUUGAUAACAAAAAAAAAAAAAUCGUCAUUUCGUAAUAUAUUUUUGGAUUUUUCAAACCAUAAUUAAUAGCCGUAUUAUAUUAGGUAUACUGCGAGGAAAAAAAUCAAAAAUAUACCGUCCGAUUCGUCGUUUUAUGACAUCGUUGCGAAUUCCCACGUAAAAUCAUGUCGGCCACCAAGGAACAGGAGCAGGGAAGCGACAGCCAGCACGGGGAAACAGACGAGUUCUACCAGUCGGCGCCGACGUCGGGUCCAGUGAGUCACGUCCAACAAUCGAUCCGUCGAAGAGGUGGCAUAUCGGCCGAGCACGUUUCCGAAGAAGAAGCUACUAGCUAUGUGAAGAAAGUAGUUCCAAAAGAUUACAAAACAAUGGCGGCCUUAUCGAAAGCGAUCGCCAAGAACAUAUUGUUCUCUCACCUGGACGAGAACGAACGGUCGGACAUAUUCGACGCAAUGUUCCAGGUCACGUUUCUACAGGGCGAAUCUAUUAUUCAACAGGGUGACGAGGGAGACAAUUUUUACGUAAUCGAUGUUGGCGAAGUCGAGGUGUACGUAAAUUCGGAACUGGUGACGGUGAUCGGCGAAGGCGGGAGUUUUGGAGAGCUGGCUUUAAUCCACGGUACACCGAGGGCUGCCACGGUACGUGCUAAGACUGACAUGAAGCUCUGGGGCUUGGAUAGAGACAGUUACAGGAGAAUACUUAUGGGGUCGACGAUCCGGAAGAGAAAAAUGUACGAAGAAUUCUUGUCACGCGUCUCUAUUCUAGAGAGUCUAGACAAAUGGGAGAGACUGACCGUGGCCGAUGCGCUGGAACCCGUGUCGUUCGACGACGGUGAAACGAUUGUCAGACAAGGCGAACAAGGAGACGAUUUUUACAUAAUCGUCGAAGGAACGGCGCUCGUCCUACAGCAGCGGGUCGAAGGAGAGACUCUGAUCGAAGUCGGCAGACUCGCGCCGUCCGACUAUUUUGGUGAAAUCGCACUGUUACUCGACCGUCCGCGAGCAGCGACCGUCGUCGCCAAUGGGCCGCUGAAGUGUGUGAAACUCGAUCGGGCCAGGUUUGAAAGAGUGUUGGGCCCAUGUGCUGACAUAUUAAAGAGGAACAUAACACAAUACAACAGCUUCGUAUCCUUGUCCGUAUAGGAUUUAUACACAUAUACAACGAACAAUAAAUAUAUUAUUUGUUUUCAUUUCAAAAACUAUUAUCGGUUAUCAUUUUGUUAUUAUGAAUUUUCGUUGCAGUGUUGUAUACUAUUAGGCAAUUAUAAUUAAAUCAAAUUUCGUAAUUAUAAAUUAAUUUUUUUUUUUGUUAACGCGCUAUUAUUAUUAUUAUUAUUAUGUGGAUAAAAAUUGUAAAAAAAAAUACUUACAAUAUCAAUAAUAUAAAUUAUUGUUACGAGUCAUUUUAAAACUAACAUUUACGAAACGUUGUCAGUCAGAAACGAUAUAGUAAGUCAUGUGUAGUUCUGUUGGUUUUCGUUUUCUUCCCUAUAAUGUUUAACUUCCUAGUUGAUCGGCUCAACUGACUUAAAACUAAAAGAAUAUAAUAUUAUAUCCUGUUCGUAAUAUAAUGUCUAAUUAUUAUAUUAUUAUAUACUAUACGCUACUACUGCAUAAUAUUAUUACUACUGCGUUUUCUCCACUACCAUAGUCAACGGUCGGUUAAAGGGUUAACAGUUUUACAUUAUUCAAUAUUUAUAUAUAUUUUUUGUAUUCAAUGACGCUGUUGACGUUUUGCAUUUAAAUAUAUUAUCAUGUUGUAUACAACAAAAGUUAAUCGACUACAUAACGUAUUGUACCACUUAGUUUAGUGACGAGUUUAAUAUUGUAUUAUUUGUGUAAUAUUUUUAAGUUUUAUUUUUUUUUCUCCAUUUUAUGAAACCGGGCGUGUACCGAUAACUUAAUUGUUUCGAAAAGUAACAUUAUGUAUUUUAUACACCUGUAUAAGUCAAGCACUUUGAAGAGUCGAUUAAAAAAAAAAAAAGGCAAGAAAGA